GCGGGCGCAGCGCUCGGGGCCGGGCCGGGCCGGGCCGUGCCGUGCUCAGCGCCCCCCCCUUGCCCCCCCCCCCGCCCCCCCUUCCCGGUCCCGUCCCCCCCCCCCACCGGGAAUUUUCCGAGCUCCGCCGGCGCUGCCCGGCCGCGGCAUCCGCGGGGCCAUGGGAGACAAAGGCACCCGGGUGUUCAAGAAGGCGAGUCCCAACGGGAAGCUCACGGUCUACCUGGGGAAGCGGGACUUCGUGGACCACAUCGACGUGGUGGACCCCGUGGACGGAGUGGUGCUGGUGGAUCCCGAGUACCUGAAGGAGAGAAAAGUCUUCGUGACGCUGACCUGCGCCUUCCGCUACGGCCGCGAGGACCUGGACGUGCUGGGGCUGACGUUCCGCAAGGACCUGUUCGUGGCCAACGUGCAGGCCUUCCCCCCGGUCCCCGAGGAGAAGAAGCCCCUGACGCGGCUGCAGGAGCGGCUGAUCAAGAAGCUGGGCGAGCACGCCUACCCCUUCACCUUCGAGAUUCCCCCCAACCUGCCUUGCUCCGUCACGCUGCAGCCGGGCCCCGAGGACACGGGGAAGGCCUGCGGUGUGGACUAUGAGGUCAAAGCUUUCUGUGCGGAGAACCUGGAGGAGAAAAUCCACAAGAGGAACUCGGUGCGCUUGGUCAUCCGCAAGGUGCAGUACGCCCCGGAGCGGCCCGGCCCCCAGCCCAUGGCGGAGACCACCCGGCAGUUCCUCAUGUCGGACAAGCCGCUGCACCUCGAGGCGUCCCUGGACAAGGAGAUCUACUACCACGGGGAGCCCAUCAGCGUCAACGUGCACGUCACCAACAACACCAACAAGACGGUGAAGAAGAUCAAAAUCUCAGUGCGCCAGUACGCCGACAUCUGCCUCUUCAACACCGCCCAGUACAAGUGCCCCGUGGCCGUGGAGGACGCCGACGACAUGGUGGCCCCGAGCUCGACCUUCUGCAAGGUGUACACCCUGACCCCCUUCCUCGCCAACAACCGGGAGAAGCGCGGGCUGGCGCUGGACGGCAAGCUGAAGCACGAGGACACCAACCUGGCCUCCAGCACGCUGCUGAGGGAUGGAGCCAACAAGGAGAUCCUGGGCAUCAUCGUGUCCUACAAGGUGAAGGUGAAGCUGGUGGUGUCGCGAGGAGGCCUGCUGGGAGACCUCGCCUCCAGCGACGUAGCGGUGGAGCUCCCCUUCACGCUGAUGCACCCCAAGCCCAGGGAGGAGCCGGCGCACCGGGACGUUCCAGAGAACGAAGCUCCCAUAGAUACCAACCUGAUAGAGCUCGACACAAAUGACGACGACAUCGUGUUCGAAGACUUCGCCCGGCAGCGGCUCAAAGGCAUGAAGGACGACAAGGAGGACGAGGAGGAGCGUACAAACUCCCCGCAGCUCAACGACAGAUAAGCGGCCCCCCCCCCCCUCUCCAAGCCCACCCCCCCCGGCUGGGCCGGCGUGCGCCAGUAACACCCGUGCAUUAGGCUUCUUCUCUUUUGUAUGAUUAUUAAUUUUGUUUUCUACCUGUACCGGGAGCCUAUGGAUCACCCGAUCGCGACAGCAAUUAUAACCUUCCCGCUGUGC